GUUGAGAGAGAGGAAAGAGAGGGGAAGAGUUGAGAGGGAGAGAGAGAGAGAGAGAGAGAGAGAGUGAGAGACCUCGGCGGAGAGGAGGAGAGAGAGAGGGGAGGAGAGCUCCGUCUCUCCCGGUGCACUUGGCAGUCUAGUUGCGGGCUGCUGUGCUGUUGCUGUCGUGGCGUGGCUGGUCGCGCCAGGCGGGGAACUUCACCACACUGGAGCCCGGAGUCCCACUCUCUCACCUGCGCAGUUCGGAGCUGCCAUGGGUCUCUCGCCAGGAUUUACUGUCCUAAUUAUUCUACCGGCCUUUCUGCUGCACACCAGCGGCCUUUACAUCGCCAGUAGCGUUGACUCCCUGCAGCACGUCCUGGGGGAGUAUGGACUGGUUAGGCCAAUCAGUGUGGACGCAGAGGGCCGCUUCCUGUCACACGCCGUCUCAGCUGGCCGCAUGGCAGGAGGGCAGUCCCGUAGGCGCCGGAGGAGGGAGGUAGGAGUAGGCAAUGAUGAGUGGGAAGGACCAAGAGGAGCUGAGGGCAACCAAGAGCCUGUGGCCCGUAAGGAAAGGCUUUACUACAACGUCACCGUCUUCGGCCGGGAGUUCCACCUGCGUCUGCACCACAACGCCAGGCUGGUGGCCCCCGGAGCCAAGAUGGAGUGGCGCGAUGACAGCGACAGCACCCGGCACUCUGAGCCGUUGCACGAUGAAUGCUUGUAUGUGGGGGACAUCGCAGACACACCAGGAGCCACGGUGGCGAUCAGCAACUGUGACGGCCUGGCUGGUAUGAUCAGGACGGAGCAGGAGGAGUUUUUUAUCGAGCCGGUGGAGAGGGGUGAUGGAGUGAUAGAAGAGGAGGAGGAGGAGGGAGGAGGAGGAAGGACACACAUCGUCUAUCGCUCCUCAGCCGUUAAGAAAGUGCCCAUCGGCAGCACAGCGGCAGAUUACCACUCCAGAGGUGCAGAUCUUGGUGGUCUGAUGGACCUGGAGUCUCUGUAUCGAGGUGUGGAGCAGAGUAUCAACAACACACGAGCAGGAAGAACUCGCAGGCAGAGUCUGGACAGAGCCUACAACAUAGAGGUACUGCUGGGCGUCGACGACUCUGUGGUCCAGUUCCACGGGAAGGAGCAUGUCCAGAAGUACCUGCUCACACUCAUGAACAUUGUGAACGAGAUCUAUCAUGAUCAGUCCUUGGGAGCAAAAAUCAAUGUGGUGCUGGUGCGAAUUAUCAUGCUGGGCUACGGCAAGUCGAUGAGUCUGAUUGAACUGGGGAACCCAUCUCAGAGUCUGGAGAACGUGUGUCGCUGGGCCUUUCUGCAGCAGAAGCAAGACACAGGGGAUGCGGAGUAUCACGACCACGCCAUCUUCCUCACGCGACAGGAAUUUGGCCCAACGGGCAUGCAAGGUUACGCCCCAGUGACUGGCAUGUGUCAUCCAGUGAGGAGCUGCACUUUGAACCACGAGGACGGUUUCUCUUCUGCGUUCGUGGUGGCACACGAGACUGGACACGUGCUGGGGAUGGAGCACGAUGGCCAGGGAAACCGCUGUGGAGAUGAGGUGCACAUGGGCAGCAUCAUGGCUCCACUGGUGCAAGCCGCCUUCCACCGUUUUCACUGGUCCAGAUGUAGCAUGCAGGAGCUGGGACGCUAUCUUCAUUCCUAUGACUGUCUCCGUGACGACCCCUUCGACCACAACUGGCCGUCGCUGCCUCAGCUGCCCGGUUUGCACUACUCCAUGAAUGAGCAGUGUCGCUUUGACUUCGGUGUGGGCUACACAAUGUGCACCGCGCAGCUACAAAAGGCGGGCCAGUCAGGAACGCAGUAUCGCACAUUUGACCCAUGUAAGCAGCUGUGGUGUAGCCACCCAGACAAUCCAUUCUUCUGCAAGACCAAGAAAGGACCACCCAUUGAUGGUACCAUGUGUGGGAAUGGGAAGCAUUGCUUUAAAGGUCACUGUAUCUGGUUGACUCCUGACAUCAUAAAGCAAGAUGGAAACUGGGGUUCAUGGAGUGAGUUUGGCCAAUGCUCCCGCACCUGUGGAGGAGGGGUACAGUUUCGUACACGCGACUGUGACAAUCCAAGACCAGCCAACGGGGGCCGGACCUGCGUGGGGGCAACUUACCAAUUCCAGAUGUGCAACACCAACGAGUGUGAGGAUAUCUACAGCGACACACGAGAGGAGCAAUGCCAUGCUUGGGACCCUCGCUUUGAAGUCCACAGCAACAAGCACCACUGGCUGCCUUAUGAACACCCAGACCCUAACAAACGCUGCCACCUGCAUUGCCAGUCGAAGGAGACGCGAGAUGUGGUCUUCAUGCAGAGAAUGGUUCUGGAUGGCACACGCUGUUCCUACAAGGACCCUCACAGUGUGUGUGUGCGCGGGGAGUGUGAGAAAGUGGGCUGCGAUGGUGUGGUCGGCUCCUCAAAGCAGGAAGACAAGUGUGGGGUGUGUGGCGGCGACAACUCCAGCUGCGAAACCAUCAAAGACACCAUCACACGCACUGCCAAGAAACAAGGUUUCCUCAAAGUUCUUGAAAUCCCCCGUGGAGCGAGACACUUACUGAUCCAAGAGCUGAAGUCAACCUCACACACUCUGGCUGUUAAGAAUGUGGCAUCAGGACUGUUCUUCUUAAAUGGGGAAAACGAGUAUCCAGAAUCCCGCUCGGUCAUAGAGAAGGGUGUUGAGUGGGAAUAUGAGAACGACAAUGACAAGGAGACCCUUCAGACCACCGGCCCUCUACGACAUGGAAUUCUCAUCAUGAUGAAACUACAUGGGGAUGAGGAUGUGAAUUUGUCUUUCAAGUACAUGAUGAAUAUGGACAGUGACUCUGGCAUUCAGAACAACAUGCUGGUAGAGGACAGUGCCUAUGAGUGGGCCCCAAAGAGAUGGUCCUACUGCUCCAAGCCUUGCGGUGGAGGUAAACAGUACUUACGAUAUGGCUGCAGAAGAAAAGUCGACAGCAAGAUGGUUCACAAAAGCUUCUGCAACAAGUCCAACAUGAAGCCCAGAGGAGACACCAGAGACUGCAACCAGAAGCCCUGCCCUCCACCAAUUUGGGUGACAGGGGAGUGGCAGAACUGCAGCAAACCAUGUGGAAAGACGGGGAUGCAAAUCCGCUCGGUCAGCUGUGUCCAGCCUUCCGAUGACAACACCACACGUUCUAUCCACAACAAACACUGCAACGACGACCGCCCCGAGACCCGCAGACCCUGCAACCGAUACCCCUGUCUCACCCAGUGGAGAGUUGGACCGUGGUCACAGUGUUCAGUGACAUGUGGUAAUGGGACCCAGCAGAGACAGGCUUUUUGUCAAACCAGAGACAAUACCAUCGGCCUGUGUCUGGACAGUAAGCCUGACACCAUCAGAGUUUGUCGCCUGGAACCAUGUCCCAAGGGCUCAUCAGACCUCAACAAGAACGGCAACAUUCUGAUCCAGUGGCUGUCUCGACCCAACCCCAACUUCCCGAAGAUCUCCUCACGUAAAACCUCCCUCUAUAGUUCCCAGCCUGGCCUCCACAGCGGCAGCCACAGCUGCAUGUCUGUCCUCUACUGGGCCCUGCCCAUAUCUGUCCUCCUGUCUCUGCAGGGCCGGCCCCGGCUGGCCCCCUGACCCGCUCCCUCCCCACGUCUCGUGCCUGUGCCCACGCCCGUGAGCGAGCGGCAAAGCUUUUGCUUCUCUUUUGGGGGGGAUAUUGUGUCUCUCUCUCUGUGUCUGAGACGGCUCUGACUGGGGGAGGUCUCUGGCUCCUGUGUGUGCUAGUUGGUUCUCUCUUGCUCUGUCUCUCUCUCUAUCUCUCUCUUUCUCCUUUGUGGAGCAUUGUGUUGUAACCGCUGGCCAGUCGACAAUUCAAAAGAUCAACAAAAAAUGUGAUGUGAAAAGGAUUCGAAGUGGCAAACAGGUUUUCAUUGACACCUCCUGAGAUGUGUCGAAGAGCCGUUCACGCGUAAGGGGACCCCCCCUCUGCAUUUGGCGGCCAUGUUUUGCGCGAGCUAGCUGCGUGUUGUCAUGGGUUACCACUCCUGAGAUGCAGCUGCGCUUUUUUCUUUUUGUAGCGCAUUGUCAAUGUGGGGAGAGACGGGUGUGAAAAUAAACAGAAAGGGUAUAUAAAUAUCUAUAUAGAAAAAAUAUAUAUUAAAAAAAAUAUGAAAGCUUUAUUGUGAAUGUGAUCCGAGGACAUCUUUGCUAAAGUGCUCAUCUGACAUCCUGGUUCCAUUCGGGGAUGAGAAUGGCGUCUCAUUCUACGUUCCAUUCUCAGAUUGACAGGAACUCAGCACAGGGACAGGAAGUGACAUGAGUAAACCUUUUGAUUUUUGGGGGAGGGAACUGUGAGGUGAAGAGUCUUGAAGUUACAGAUAAUAAAAGAAACAAAAAAAAGAAAAAAGAAAAAAACAGGGUAGUCUGACCACUUGAGGUUGCUUCCCAUUUCACCUCAUCAUCAGCCAUCCUCUCUUCGACUGUUAUACAAAAGUUCAAUAAAUGCAGCUUAUUUGUGCUUGCAGACUUUAAACAAAUACAUCUAUAAAUAUAUUUGUAUUUAUAUAUAUCUAUAAAUCUAAAUCUAUAUGAGUAACAAUAAUAUUAAUAAUGUUUUACCAUGAAUAAGCUGUAGCUUAUUUGCCUAAAACCUUUGGACUGCUAUUGAUCGCUUAGAUCCUUGACUGUUAUGUGUAUUUUUUUAUUGAUUUUACAUGAAUACAGAUGAAUAUUUAAUAAAGGUAAAGUGUUUCGGGGGAAGGGUUUAGACCUAUAUUAUGCAGGACUUGGUCAGUUAGUUGCCUCUCCAUUCUCUCAGAUGGAUCAGUGGUUUACUGUCGCUUCUUGUUUUCUUUAAGGAUAGGAUCACGUUUCGUCAUGCGCAUUUGCAUCCAUCACCUAUUUGUUUAGUGUAUAUAUUUGUGCAAGUGUGACAGCAUGUGUGUCCACGUUUGUAUGUGCAUGAGAGGAUUUGCGUGUGAGCAUACAUGAGUGAGCAAAUGAGAAACGCCAGUCUUGUUUGUCAAAGUGUGUUGGGGCGAUUGUGUGCGUAUGUAAGGUGCUUCAUCAUUCGGGCUUUUUCACAUUGCGAUCAGAUACAGAAAUACCUCAUAAGCUUUGAUUUGAGAGCGUCCGAUGAUCUCAUUUUAUUUUGAUGAACAUUAAUCACAUGAACAAUGCCUUAUCUUGGAUUGAAUGUAAUGGCAUUUAUCUGUGAAAGAGAUGGCUUUACUCAUUCAAAGUUUCACUCGGAAUAGAGGCAGCUUCAAACCAACUUAACAAACUCACACCCGCCAACCAUCAAACCUACCAAGGUGAUGUUGGACCGUUGUCCGACUACUGGGAAGGGUUUACAAAGGGCCUAGGGUAUUGACACAUAUGGCAUCUAGAAAAAAAAAAAACACUUCAGACUUGUCAUUGUAUUGUGAUCACAUAUUUCUGUUGUGACUAUGUAGCGAGCUAUCCAAGGUUUCCUUCUGCUGGAGUUGGACUGUAUGAGACCAAGCCAGACCUAGCAGUGCGAUACUGUAUAUAACAUUGGUGUUGACUGUAUUUAAUAAUGUUCAUGACUGUUAUCUUCUUCUAUAAUAUUCUAUACUAUGGGUAACUGUUUUGUGGCUUCACUGGCCUGCUGCGUGGGGCUGGCUAACGUUUGGCUAACGUUGAAGAAACAUUCAGAUGGACUACGUGCACUGCGUCUAUAUGCACUUUGAUUUAUCAGGGAAAUUUUAUUAAUGUUUUGUAAAUGUUUCAUAUGACACUUAAUGUGCCAUUCCAGUUUUUACAUCAUCAUGGAAAUUAUGUAUUUUAUUUAAACAGCAAAUAUCAUUUAUGUACUUCAUGGGUUUUUUUGUUUUGUUUUCUUCAAUCGGUAAACAGAUUGACUGGUUGAUUUCCAAGUAAUCAAGUGUUUUACCAAAGUGACUGUGAACUUGUAACUUUCGAUACAGUUGAAUUAUUUUUCUUAAGAAAAAAAUAUAUCUAUAUAUUGAGCAGGGGGCAGGGGGGCGUACAUCUCAUUGUUUUAGUUCCUGUCAUUCUCAACAGCAAAGUUGUAUCAAUAAAAAUGUUUUAAAAAGUGUGA